CUCCCCCUCCACCCGUGACACCAUGACCGAGUCGUGCUGCUGCUCCCCUUGCUGCCAGCCUACGUGCUGCAGGACCACCUGCUGCCGGACCACCUGCUGCCAGCCCAGCUGCUGCGGGUGCGGCGGCAGCGGCUGUGGACAAGGCGGCAGCGGGUCCAGCUGCUACGGGUCCAGCUGCUGCCAGCCUUGCUGCUGCCCCCCAACUUGCUGUCAGACCACCUGCUGCAGGACCACCUGCUGCCGGCCCAGCUGCUGCGGGACCACCUGCUGCCGGCCCAGCUGCUGUGUCUCCAGCUGCUGUCAACCCAGCUGCUGUGGGUCCAGUGGCUGUGGACAACCUUGCUGUGGGUCCAGCUGCUGUCAGCCAGCCUGCUCUACCCGCGUGUACUGCAGGAGAACCUGCUACCUCCCCACCUGCUGCUGCCUGCCUGGAUGCCUAGCCCAGGGCUGUGGAUCCAGCUACUGCUAGCCUGGUUGCCAGCCAAACUGCUGCCGCACCACCUGCCGGAGGACCACCUGCUGCCACCCCUGCUCGAUGUCCAGACGCUGCCAGCCUUCCUACUGCUGACCUCCUCACCAAGAACCACCAUCUGCACACAGCACUGAUUUGCCAUUUGGGAAACAAAGACACUGCCAAAUGUUACUGAAAGCCAGCAUGCAAUCGCCAACAUUUCUGUUACUCAUCUGCCUGUUCCAAAGCCUCUGAAUCAGCUUGAUGAAGUGGGGACCACUUCUCCUGAUUCUCUUCUUCCUCAGGUCUUGUGAGACCCUGCCAGCUUCAGGCCUCCAGAUACGGAGUCAAGAGGAGUCAAGAUCUCUGCUUUGACUCCAUAGUCAGGGUCUUCAUCCUGUCUA